AUGUUUGGAUAUUACAUUUAACCAAGUUCAAAAGAAAAUAUAGAGAAUUUGUAAACUAACAUUCAUAGUCCUCAAUUAGAAUUAGCUUAAAUUUCUCAUAGAUAAAUGGCAAUAUCAAGUUAUGAACGUCCUAAAAAGAUUAAGAGGAAUACAACAAUUUCUAUAUUCACGUAUAUUAAUCUAAAAUAUUAGUUAAAAUAUUGAAGGAGAUUCUCCUGCUCAUAAAUAAUAAUAAAAAUAUGUAUCCAUUUUGAAAAAAUAUUUUACAACCAUACGGAUUACUUUAAGUUUUAUAAACUCAUUAAAAGAGUAUUCAAAAAAAGAGCAUAUCUAAAGAAUGGAUUCUAUAUAAUGGUAAAGAGUAUCUUUAAUCCCAUUUUAUCCUGAUGAUGUUAUUGUAGUUAAAUGGAAGUAUUUUGUUGAAUUUGUAACUUUUUUAAGUGUAAUAAUUUAUCCAAUUUACAUUUGCUUUAACUUAUAAAAUUAAUUAGAAUAUACUGUUUUAUGUUUUGAUGUUGUAUUUUUAAUAGAUGUGUUAAUGAAUUUUAAUACUGGAUAUAUUGAUGAAAACAAUAACUUAAUCUUGAAUUACUAACAAAUUUGUAUUAAUUAUAUUAAAAAAUGGUUUAUAUUUGAUAUAAUAUCUGCAAUUCCUAUAAUAAGAAAAGAAGAAGAUAAAGUUAAGCUAUUUAAAAUGAUAAGAGUACUGAAAUAUUUUCUAUUUAAAAGAUAAGUUACUUAUAAAGGUUAAAAGAAUUAUGUUAAAGUUAUAGAAACUUUUGAUCCUCAUGAUGAAUUUUAAUUGAAAACAGGUACAAAGUAUUUAAUUAAUGUUUUGAUUACUUCAUGUUUAUUAGUGCAUAUAUUUGGAUGUUGGUAACACUAUUUUUAUUCAGAUGAUUAUAUAACAAAUAUUUAUUGGGCUACUUAAAUAAUUACAACUGUUGGAUAUGGAGAUAUCUAAACUGAACAUGAAUUCUUUAUUUUAUGGAUGAUUAUAGGAGUCGCUUUCUAUUCAUUUACAAUUGGAGAUUUUACUUUAAUGAUGGAGAAAUCAAAAGUAAAUUAAGAAUAAGAAAUUUUAUUUUUAGUUGAAUAGUUAGGAAAUGUUAAGAAAUUGCCAGAUAAAUUAAAAUACAAGUUUUCAUAAUUUAUAAAAAAUAAUAUGAUUCAUAAUCCUUUUUGGUCAUAUGAUUAUAGAUUGAUGACGAAACAACUUCCUCAUAAUUUAAGAUUAUAUAUGUCUAUAAGUGCAAUGUUAGAUUUUUGUAAAUAAAUUCCAUUGUUUUUAUAUGAUAUAAAUAACGCUUAUUAGUUAUUGAUAAAUAUCAGGUAUAUGAUUGCAGAGGAGGGUAGUAUAAUCUAUAGAGAAGGUUAGAAUUCCAGUGAGAUAUUUUUUUUAUUAGAUGGAGACAUAAGAAUAAUGACAAAAGAUAAAGGGAUAUUAUUAAAUAUAUUGGAAGGAACAAUGUUUGGAGAAUUUGAAGCAAUUGAAGAGAAAUUAAGAGGUACAUAUUGUGUAGCUUAAAGAAAAUCUAUAUGUUUAGUUGUUCCUUAUAGAAUAUUAAGAAGAGCGAUGGAAUAAAGUCCAUUAUUAGAGUUUGAAAUAAAACAAUUACAUUAAAGAAGAAGAAGACUAAUAAUUAACAAUUUUAAUGAAGAGAAAAGUAAAAUAUUAGAAAUAAAUCAGGAAAGAAAACAGCUUAUAAAAGAUAAUACGUUAGAUUUUAUACAUAAUCUUUUUUAUAGAUGACUAGAGAAGAGUAU